ACACCAUGCAUGGUGAACGCUUGAGCCAACAAUCAACUUCCGGUGAGGUCAAUGAGAAGUCUAUGGCCGACUCCGGUAGCAACAACAACAACAACAACAACAACAACAAGGACAACGACAACGACAGAACGCUGCUGUCGUGAUGGCGGACGCGUACGCGAAGGAAGCGGCCGCUGUGGACGGCAGGGAAGCGGGAGAGCAGAUCGCGGCCAUUUUUAGGCGCUGCAGGGGCCGUCCGCGACUCACGGACACGGACCGAGCCAAGAGGCGGCUGGAGUCGCGCAAGAAGUACGACGUGAGGCGCGUGUACCUGGGCGAGUCGCACAAGGUGUGGAGCGAGCUGCGGCGGCGGAGCGGCCUGAGCGACGCAGGACUCGCGGAGUACCUCAUCCUGCUGGACGCCACCUACGGAGAGGCGUUCCAGCACAGGCACAAGCAGCAGCAGCAGGGACACGGGAAGAAGCCCAGUUCAGAAUUAUGUGUCAAACAGAAAAGGAAGAGACACGAGGUGACCGGCCUCCGGAGCCUGGUGGACUGGUACAAGGACCACGGGCAGACUUGUCCUCAUGAGCCGCAGCUGCAGGCCCCAGAGUUGGCACUUGGCCUCCCUACCUCUGUGCUCUGGCGCUGCCACGCGGGCCACACCUUCGUGCAGCACCUCUCCGUGCCGGCAGAAGCUGCCUAUGAGUCGGACGCUGAAGGGGAGCUUGGCGGCAGCGGCGAGAACGCGGCGUGCGCCGAGGUGCCGGGAGGCGCCGUGAGCAGGACGAGGAGGAAGAGAGGAGCGGAGAUUUCCAGGCAGUGCUACGAUGUGGGGGAGGACCUGGAGGAGACCAGGCUGGGGGACGCUGAUGUGGCUUUGAAUCACGUGGAGAAGGCUGCCGCUCUCGGGCAAGUUCCUGGGUCCCCCGUUUGCCAGAGGGACGCUACGUCGGGCCACUCCGCAGAAGACCAGGCUCUCUGGGAAAUGGAGGUGGUCUUGCAGGGGGACAAAGGACAAGGUCACGGAACGGAAAGCGAGGGGCCGUGCUUGGCAGCGCUGGGUGGAAACAUGGACGCGGCGGUGUCCGGGGGGGGACCGAAAGGCAGAGAGGGGGGCGAAGGCUUUGAAUGCGCUGUGGUGACGGCUGCCGUUAUGGACCGGCUGGACAAAAACGGAGACGCCUCUGUGGUAGCGGACAGUAUGGCCCGUGGUGGCAGUCCUCAGCCCCGCCCCCCACACGCUCCGCCGCCGAUGCAAGUUUCAGGCCAAGGGGAGCUGUACGAAUCUCAGACUCUUCAGACCGUUGUCGCCAGUUGCCAGAUACCAAAUGGAAGAGGGGCUUUGGAAGGAUCGCAGGUGAUCAUCAUCACAGGGCCUGGCUAUGAGGCCCUGGCUUCUGAAGGCAUUCAGCUGAACGUGGGAGGAGCUGUUGGAGAGGAGGUUACCUGCACGGUCAUUGAAGGUGUGGCCUACAAUCACGUGUGCCCGCCAGACUCGGAGCAGAGGUCACCUGUCCCAGAGACGGACGCCAUCCGAGAGCUCGGCGAAAAACAGGUCCUCCAGCCGAGCGCAGACACACACAGCGCCAAUGCGGCCUGCGGGAAGGAGAUUCAGAGGGGUCUGGCCAGGUCGAGGAGGAACCGCAGAGGUCCGGUAAUCGAGGCCGACGGCAUGCUGAAGAUGUUCCACUGCCCCUAUGAAGGUUGCAGCCAGGUCUAUGUGGCCAUCAGCAGCUUCCAGAAUCACGUGAAUCUGGUCCACAGGAAAGGCAGGACCAAGGUUUGCCCUCAUCCUGGUUGUGGGAAGAAAUUCUACCUCUCUAAUCACCUGCACCGCCACAUGAUCAUUCACUCAGGGGUUCGGGACUUCAUCUGUGAAACGUGUGGGAAAUCUUUCAAGCGCAAAAAUCACUUGGAGGUUCACCGGCGAACCCACACAGGAGAGACACCUCUGCAGUGUGAGAUCUGUGGGUAUCAGUGCCGCCAGCGGGCGUCGCUCAACUGGCACAUGAAGAAGCACACCUCCGAGGCCCAGUAUAACUUCACCUGUGAACACUGUGGCAAGAGGUUCGAGAAGCUGGACAGCGUUAAGUUCCACAAGCUGAAAAGUCACCCAGACAAGCAGGCAUCCUGAAGGAUGGGGCUGCGGAGGCAGGUGGGAAGGAAGCGGGAGAACAGGAGCGUUCUCUGCGUAACGGAAGGGAAGUGACGGACUGCGUAACAACUGCGAACGCUUCCAUUCGCAACCCCCUCCGGACUGAAUAAGUAUGUUCAUAGCAAAGCGAAUAAGAGAACGUUCCGUUCGCUCUUCAGUAUGACAGAAAUUCAGACCUUGCCAGACCCUGUGCUGGAUGCUGUAUUUCGAGCGUUCGUGGAAGUGUGGUCCUUUGAAAUGCUGCACUGUAUUGUACUCCCUUUAUAUUGUACAUGAAUGGUUCUGCACAAUUCAUUUUGCCUGUCUUGUUUGUUUUUUUGUCGAAGUGAAUCACGAGAGCCGCCAUUUCUCACUUAUAAUAUUUAAAAAUCUCAGAGGCAAAGCCAAGAUUCUCGUUUCGCUUCGUCGGGAAGGCGAGGCUGUUCCACGAAGGACUCUUCCUUGAGCUAUGCAUUCUGCUUAACCCGAGCGGACGAUACUACGGUUAAUACUGCACUGUUGAACGAGGAAGGAGCGUGCGGGCAUUCCGCGUGUAACACAAGCCGUGUGGGAGGGAACGAGUUAUUUGGUGCAUCGGUAUUUCGCACACUGUAGAAAUACGAGUUAAGCUGUUCCGUUCUAAUAUCGCUCUAGGCUAUAGAAUGGGUCAAUUGUUUGCCGAGAAAGGGACCGUUUUGCGCGCCGCUCAGUGCUUUUGUGAGCCUCUUUCUCCGCUGCAUACAUUUUGGACUUCUUUUUACCUCUUUCCUAUUAUGAAAAGCAGAGUAAACCAUUAAAAAAACAAAGAAAAAC